AUGAGUUGGAAAGGCGUUAAAAAAACAAUAUCAAGACUUCCGCAUCAAUUAAAAACUAGAAACGGUGGCGACGAUGUUACUCAGGAUUUAGAUUAUCUUGUACUCGAAAAAAAAUAUAAAGAAUAUGUUCAUUCUGUCAAUGAACUUUGUAUAGAAGUAAAGACAUACCGAGAUAAUUUAGCAAGCAUGUUGAACUGUCAAUCACAAAAUGCAACCCUUUUAGCUGAAGUAUGUGGACUCCAGUCAGAGAGUGAUUUUGACUAUAAUAGCAUGUCUCCUAAAAUGAAACAAGCCCUCGAAGAUUAUGCGACUGCAAUGACUUACUGUAGACAAGAAAAUAUGUCUUUACUUGAUGAUUUGGAUGCAAGCGUCAUUCAACCUCUCGAUCAAUAUCAAAUGAUUACAAGGACUAUAGAUAAAACGAUUGUAAAACGACAGCAUAAAUUAAUCGAUUUUGAUCGACAUCGUAUUUCAUAUUUGAAAUAUUCUUCUAUCAGUGAACCUACACCUAGUGAAGAAAAACACAUGUUUAAAUUACAGACUCAGUAUGAUAAUGCAGCUCAUGAAUAUGAUUAUUUCAAUACAAUGCUAAAGGAAGAACUUGCUUAUUUCUUGGAUAUGACACUUGAUUUUAUUGAACCUAUCAUACAAGUCUUUUAUGAUAUUCAGUGCCGUAUACUGGGUGGCCUUUAUGGUCGACUUCAUGAAGUCAUUCAACAUAAUGGUCCUAACUUUCCUACUUUGGAUUUAUCGAUUGAAGAGGGAUAUAUGCAAAGAAUAGAAGAAAGGAAUGUAACUGAGGAGCUGGACAUGAUAGAUUUAUUUAAAAAGGGGUUAAAACCUUGGGAGAGUAGAAGAGAUUCAAUUGGUUCUCGUCGAACUUCUUAUCAAAGAGAAGAGGAUGAUAAUUAUUUAUCAGUUCAAAAUAAUUUACCACCUAUAAAUAGAAGUCGUUCAAAUUCUUCCAUUGCAUCUGAUGCCAUUGACAGACGUCUAUCUUCUUCUUAUUCUACUAUAAGAAGAGAUAGAUCACUUUCAAGUCCUGUAACGAAACAACCUCCCCCUUUAUCACCUCGUCCUUCCUUUUUAACUCAGAGAAAUAGUAACUAUGUCUCUAGUAGUCAUAAAGUGGCUCAAUUACCUGCUCGUCCUCCAAGACAAGAACUCAGCUCUACUACCCUUCCUCGGACAUAUACAAUCAAUCAACAACAAAGCCUUAAAAAGACCCUAUCUGAUAAUAAUAGACCUAGUCCUGGAUAUGAAUUAAAGAAAACCAUCUCCUCUGGAUCUAUAUCGACUAUCAGUACACCUUCAGCACCUGUCACACCCCCUGUCACAAAUGAAGAGCUUGGUUCUACUUACCAGCGUCUUCGUCAAAGUACACCUAAUCCUUCUGUAUCUCCCUUUUUGGAUCAACAAAAGGAAGAUAGAUCAAGUCUAGUUAAAAAGAAGCGUGCUCCACCACCUCCACCUCCACCUAGUAAACGUACACCAGCUGGUAUGAACAACAAGAAAGAGUAUGUGGAGGCACUUUAUGACUUGAAUGCACCUCAAGAUGGGGACCUCUCUUUCCGUAUGGGGGAUAUCAUUGAGAUUAUUGAGAAAACUGAACAAUCGCAAGAUUGGUGGAAAGGACGCCUCCGUGAUCAAAUCGGCAUGUUUCCAGCAAAUUAUGUUAAACAACUUUGA